CCUCUUGUCUGCAGAUUACGCUCAAUCAUUGUCUUGUAUUCGUUCAUCGAUCAAAAUCUUGCAAUGGCGGAUGAGGUUGUGAUGUUGGGUUUCUGGCCGAGUCCAUACUCGAUGAGGUUGAGGAUUGCUCUAGCUGAGAAAGGCAUCAAGCACGAGUACAAGGAGGAAGACGUCCACAAUAAUAAGAGCCCGCUCUUGCUGAAGUCGAACCCCGUUCACAAGAAGGUCCCGAUUCUCAUUCACAACGGCAAACCCGUCAGUGAAUCCCUCAUGGCUCUCCAGUACAUUGACGAAACUUGGAUUGACAACGCUCCACUGUUGCCCUCUGAUCCUUACCUCAGAUCUCAAGCCAGAUUCUGGGCUGACUUCGUUGAUAACAAGGUUGCUACGUUUGGGAGGAAGGUAUGGAUGACCAAAGGGGAUGAACAGGAGGCAGCCAAGAAGGGCUUCCUUGAUUGCAUUGAAUUACUAGAAGGAGAGCUUGGAGAGAAGCCUUACUUCGGGGGUGAGACCCUUGGUUUCGUGGACGUGGCACUCAUUCCCUUCUAUAGCUGGCUUUCCGUGUACGAGAAUUUUGGCAACUUCAGUAUCGAGGUAGAGCGGCCGGAGUUCGUUGCUUGGGGGAAGAGGUGUUUGCAGAAGGAGAGUGUCUCUGAGUCUCUUCCAGACCAACAAAAACUGUAUGACUUUGUUCUGCAAUUUAAAAAACGGCGUGGAGUGGAGUAGAUGUUAUCGGAGGAAGUAUGCAGAGUUAAAUGAUUAAUAAGCAUGCAUGCAGUAACGAUCUAUCCUCCAUGCAUGGAUUUUCC